AUGGCAAAAGAUUCCCAAAAUACGUUGCAAAAAGUGCAGUCCCAGCACUUCGCCAAAGUUCACAACCUGAAAGGUCAACUGCCUGAAGAGAGCAUGGAAUCUUUGGCAACAAACAUUGGUUUCGUAACGCUGAACUGCCAAACAGUGUCGACUGAACUCCAGCAAUCCGCCCUGUAUAGGCAUCUGCGAUAUCUUUUUGUGCCGUUUGGUGCAGAAUACAUGAGAGAUUGGCCCGUCAAAAUCAUCGAAAGUUACACCAUGUACUGCGGCGAUGGUGAUGAGAAGAAAACAGGUGGAUGCGCAAUACCUGCGAGGAACGAUUACAAAAAACCUAGUAGAGGGGUUUGGCUCAACGUCGUCUAG